CCCCAUUCAUCUCUCUCUCUCUCUCACCCACAUCCAUCCUCCUUCUUCUAGGGUUUCCGCCAUGGAAGCCCUCUCGAGCUCGAGUGUUCCUUCCGGGGUUAUAAAAGCCUCUCCGGCCGGCCAGCCCAGGAGCUCUAGCCUAUCCAAGAUCCUUGCUUUUCGGUUUGGGUGCGCUAAAACCGUCGAAAAGUUUGGAUCUUUGCGGUUAUGGAGGCCUGAAUCGAGUGCUUCUAGGCAUUGGACGUUGUUUCGGGCCACCUCCCAAGGCUUUGCUGGGGGUGGUGGUGCUGGGGGAGAGGAUGGGGUGUCCGCUAAUGGGUUUAGCGUGGUUACAGAUGAGGAUGCAUCUUGGUUUGAGGGUAACUUGGUUCAGGAUGGUAACUGUGCAAGUGGCAAUGCGGAGUCAUCAGAGGUGGUAGCAUGUGUCACUUGUGGAAGUGGAACUAGUGGAUCCAGAGCUGGGCUUUUCAGAACACCCAUUUCUGGUGGUGUACAAAGUGCAACCUCUGUUCACAAUUUACCUCGACCAGCCUUGGCAGUUCGCAAUCUAAUGGAGCAGGCCAGGUUUGCUCAUCUAUGCACUUUGAUGUCCCGGAUGCAUCAUCAACAUGCGGGAUACCCAUGUGGUUCAUUAGUUGAUUUUGCAACUGAUCCAAUGGGUCAUCCUGUUUUUUCGCUCUCUCCACUAGCCAUCCACACCCGCAAUCUUUUGGCUGAUUCAAGAUGUACACUUGUUGUACAGAUACCUGGAUGGAGUGGCCUAUCAAAUGCACGUGUAACAAUAUUUGGUGAUAUCUUCCCACUGUCUGCUGACCAACAGGAAUGGGCUCAUCAGCAGUUUAAAGCAAAACACCAACAAUGGACAUCUCAACAAUGGGGCAAUUUUUACUAUUAUAGGAUGUGCAACAUCAGGGACAUAUAUUUCAUUGGAGGGUUCGGCACUGUUGCAUGGGUAGAUGUCAAGGAAUAUGAAGCCCUUCAACCUGAUAAGAUUGCUAUUGAUGGUGGAGAACAAAAUUUGAAGGAACUUAAUGCAAUGUUCUCAAAAUCACUCAAAGAAAUAUUAUCAAUUGAGAUGGAGUUAGAUGAUGCUGCUUUCAUAUCCAUAGACAGCAAAGGAACUGAUAUCCGGGUGCGGCAAGGAGCACAGUUCAACAUUCAAAGGCUAUCAUUUGAAGUAGAACAGGGAGUACAGACUCUGGAUGAAGCCAAGGCAGCACUUCAGAGGAUAAUUGAUGAGAAGUCGAGAUCACAUAACAGGAGCUAAAGUUCUGUAGUUUUUUUUCUUUAAGCAUUCAUAUGUGCUAAAUAUCAUAAAAAAUAUAUUUUUUUCUAUCAAAUAAGGAAUAUAAAUGAUGAAUAUCAGUUUAUUUAACUUAUUUUUA